AUGGCUUGUUUAACUUCUGACAAUUGUCGUACAAUCACGUAUGCUAAAUCCACUAGUAGUUGUGAACUAUUUAUUGAUACUCCAAGCGAAUAUGGUAGUUUAGUAGCACAAACAGGUUAUGUGACCAUGAUUGCCGUCGAUGAUCGACAACUACCAGGUCCAUUGUUUCCUCUCCAUGGUAUUACGGUAGCAGGGCACAGUGAUGGAGCGUCAGGAAAUGCAAAUAACGCCCUAAAAAAUCCGUGGGGAUUGGUAAUUACCACGAACAAUCUGCUUUACGUUAGUGAUUUAGGUAAUUAUAGAAUAAUGAAAAUGAAAAUAGGAAAUCUAACAGGAUCAAUGGUCGCUGGUUCAGGAGUAUCAGGUGGCACUGCGACUACUUUCUAUUAUCCAGCAGAAAUUGCUGUCGAUGCAGCUUCAAAUAUAUAUAUUGCCGAUACUAGCAGUAACAGAGUGAUGUUAUGGCGUAACAACUCAUCGUCGGGUGUUAUAGUAGCAGGCAAUGGCACUUCCGGAAGUUCAACCACGCCACUUAAUGCUCCAAUUGGGUUGGCUGUCGAUUCGCUGGGAAACAUUUAUGUCGCUGAUAGUAAUAAUCAUCAAGUAAUGAAAUGGGCAGUGAACGCAACUUCUGGUAUAGUCAUAGCCGGUGUAACAGGUAUAUCAGGUAGUGAUUAUCAACAUCUUAAUAAACCAUAUGGAUUGUAUCUUGACGAAAGUAAUUCUUAUCUGUAUAUUGCUGAUUAUUACAAUUAUCGAAUUCAACGAUAUCGUGUGGAUAUACCAUCCAAUGGUACCACAGUUGCAGGUGGAAACGGAGCUGGGACUGCCAGAAAUCAGCUUAAUGGACCAUACGAUGUAUGUGUUUCGAAGAAAACAGGUGAUAUUUAUGUUGCUGACAAAAAAAAUCAUCGAAUUCAACGUUGGAGUGUUGGAGCAACUAGUGGAGUAACUAUUGUAGGUACUACUGGAGUAAGCGGCAUUAAUGCGACGCAGCUCAAUGGACCUGCUAAUGUUAUCUUGGAUAUGAAUGAAACAUUCUUAUAUGUGAGUGAUAUAGACAAUAACAGAGUACAACAAUAUCAACUCCCAUAA